AUGGAAACAUCCCCCGAGUCACAGAGACUGGAUUGUGGCAUCAUAGCAUCAGGCAGGAGGAGGGAGAGAGGAGAGAAGAGGAAUGAGACUGCCCAGGGGGAUGAAAUUCCAACAAAAUACCAUUUGGUGGCAGGAAUGGGGCCGUUUAUUGAUUGCAUCAGGACCAUUUAUGACUGGCACAUUACAGAACUAGUUAUACUUAUCCUGACGAAGCUGUACGACUUCAACCUGGGGAGCGUGACUGAGAGCUCACUCUGGAGAUCAACAGACUAUGGCACCACCUAUGAAAAGCUGAAUGACAAAGUAGGUUUGAAGACUGUCCUCAGUUAUCUCUACGUCAAUCCCACCAACAAAAGGAAGAUCAUGCUUCUUAGUGAUCCUGAAAUGGAGAGCAGCUUACUGAUCAGCUCAGAUGAGGGGGCCACCUAUCAGAAGUACCGGCUCACCUUCUACAUCCAGAGUCUGCUCUUCCAUCCCAAGCAGGAAGACUGGGUGCUGGCCUACAGUCUGGAUCAAAAGCUGUACAGCUCCAUGGACUUUGGAAGACGGUGGCAACUCGUGCAUGAACGCAUCACACCCAACAGGUUUUACUGGUAA